AUGUCGACCGCCAUGUUGCGCCGGGUAUGCCUUGGAGAGCAGAGAGCUGUUCCCAAUGCCUCUUUUAUGUUGACGCGGACUGUCAGCACAAACUCCAAGAAGCCUCCAAGAGUUGAGUUGGCGCUUCAAUCCGAAAAUCAGAAGCCAUCGUCAAUCGCCGAGUACGCAGUAGCCAGCCUCGAUGUUAUCGCAAACUGGGCCAGACAGGGCUCCCUCUGGCCCAUGACAUUCGGCCUAGCCUGCUGCGCAGUCGAGAUGAUGCAGAUCGCCGGCCCACGAUACGACCAGGACGGCUUCGGCUUCAUGUUCCGGGCAUCUCCGCGUCACGCCGACGUUAUGAUAGUAGCCGGGACGGUGACCAACAAGAUGGUCCCGGCCUUGCGGCAGGUGUAUGACCAGAUGGCUGACCCUCGCAUCCAAGACCAAGGCUCUCAUCGAGGAGCAUCUGACGGCUACCUCUACCCCCAAUCAUCUACACCGACCAUCAUCCCUCUCGUUGUGGAAUUGACAUCUCCAAAGUCCAUGUAUGCCUUUGCUCGCGACCUCGCGCAAGCGACCGACCAUCUCGACCACGCCACCCUCAGCGCCGGGAUUCUGUUGGGCUCCUACAGCCAAGUUUCGGAAACAGGCUACGAGACGAGUCUACAAGUCAACGCCAUCUCGCCGAUGCUCAUGUCGCUGCUCAUCAUGCCACUACUUCUUGUUUCUCCUCGGAUCCACAGCGAAUCGGUUACCGACAGACCUCAUCUGACGAUUGUCAGCUUAGGGGGCGCGUGGCUGGUCAAGAAGUCCAGCCUCUCACCAUAUGUGGGCAUUGACCACCCUCUUCGUGAGCUUUCAAAGCAGGAGAAAUUCCCACCUGGAUUGAUGGGAGGGCAGUGGCAUUACUCGCGCACCAAGCUCAUGUGCGAAUACGGCAAGCGACAUCUGGCAAUGCUCCCCUCUCUCAACAACGCGAAAGGGCAGCCAAAGGUGCUGGUGGCCUCUGUCUGUCCAGGCGCCGUAAACUCAGAGCUAUCACGGCAUUCUGCCAACAGCGGUGUACUGGGGGCUAUGGCCCGAGUUGUCAAUGGCACAGUAGAGCGGACGCCUGAUCAGGGCGCGAACAUUUACAUUUCAAGUCUGAACCUGGGGGCCGAGGGACGGGGAGAGAUGUGGACUGACGAUGCCAUCUCCAAGGAUGCGCGCCCCUUUAUCGCGCCUAAUGAACUGAAGCGGUUGAGCGACCAUGUAUGGGAGGAGAUUAAGGAGUUUGCCACCGAGGCAGAUGAGGUGUAUGGAGCUGGUAUUGUAAAGCGGCUUUUGGCAUAG